UGAAGCUUUCGGAGCGAACUUCCUGGUAAGAGUUAUACAUUGAACAAUGUUAUUGGCAGUUGUCUAUACAGAAGCAUCGCCAAGGUGGAUUGUUAAGAUUUGUUGAUUGUUAUUGAACAAGUAACUGGUGUGAACAAGAGUUAUCUUCAAAAUCCCUCGAAGUAGAUGGUCAUGGACCCAAGGCAUUGUGCCCAGGAUGUGUUACGGUGUCAUCUCUGUGAGACCCCGGCCCCCCCUAUGUACUGUGACAUUUGUCACAUAAAUCUGUGUAAAGCCUGUGUGGGGGAACAUCUAUCAAAUUCAUCUAACGAACACAAAGUAGUGCCAUUUGAAAAUAGAGGGUUUACUUCUAUGUGCCCAAAACAUUCCACUAAAGAAUGCGAGCUUCAUUGUGAAGAAUGUGACAUUUCCGUUUGUGUACAGUGUGUUUCCUCUGAAGAGCAUCGAGGUCAUGAAUUUGUCGACUUGAUAAAAGAACUUGGAAACAAAAAAAAAGUCUUAGAAAAAGAUUUACAAGAAUUGGAAAAAUCAAUCUAUCCUAAAUACCAAGAGAUUGCAUUAAAUAUCCCACUUCAGAAAGUCGACUGGGGGAAAAACUCGCAGAAAUUAAGAACAGCAAUCACCAAACAAGGAGAAAAUAUACAUAAAGAAAUAAACGCCAUUAUUGAGAAUCUAAAAUAUGAUCUUGAUGAAAUGGACUCCAAACACCUGGAUGUCCUAAAUAAACAAGAAAAUGAAGUCACAGACACCAUUUCUGAAAUUACACAGAGUAUUGCUGAUCUAAAAAAGUUAGUUAACUCUAAUGAUGCCAGCCUUGUCUCUGCCUACAAAUCAAGAAAUUCUGAAUUCAGAAGAUUGCCUCCUAAACUCUCAGUAUCCUUUCCAACAUUUAUCCCCCAGGGUAUCAACAAAGAACAGCUUUACCUGCAGUUUGGUUCUCUAACGGGGUUUUCUAUCAAAAUAGAAGAAAAUGAUAACACAAUGAAUUCUCCAAGUGCCGAAACGUCUACCCCAGAGAGACCAUUCAUUGAUAAACCACAGAUUAUCACAGAAAUAAAGACGAAGUUUGGAUUUUUUAGCCAACUGUUUAGCGUAUCUUGUGUUGAUGAUGAAGCGAUAUGGGUUUGUGGAAGCGACAAGGUCAUGCGACUCUAUAACCUCCGAGGGGAACUAGUAACUUCAAUGAAAACUAAGUCAGGGAAUAAACCAAAUGACAUAGCAGUUACAAGGAGUGGGGAUCUGAUUUACACUGAUAAAAAAGAGAGAACUGUAAAUAUAAUGAAAGAUACACAGAUAGAUGCUGUAAUUAAACUGCAGGGGUGGAAACCUUCCCAUUUGUGCAGUACCUCUUCUGAUGACCUCCUGGUUGUUAUGGAAAGUGAUGAUGAUACACAAACAAAAGUUGUGCGUUACUCUGGAUCCACAGAGAAACAAAGUAUUCAGUACGAUGCCAAAGGACAACCUCUUUAUUCAUCUGAUGGAUAUAACAACAUUAAAUACAUCUGUGAGAACAGAAACCUAGACAUCUGUGUGUCAGACAAUAGAGCCCGUGCCGUCGUGGUGGUCAAUCAGUCCGGGAAACUCCGGUUUACCUACACUGGUCCUCUCUUCGAUCCCAAGAAAUCAUUGGAUCCACAUGGUAUCACUACCGACAGCCAGAGUCGGAUCCUGAUAGCAGAUCGGAAGAUAUGUAAUAUCCACAUCCUAGAAGAGGAUGGACAGUUCAUCCGCUACAUUUGUAAUGACAAAUAUGAAUCUGGGAUUCCAUGGGGCAUAUGUGUGGACACAAGUGACAACCUCUUUAUAACUGACUGGGGAUUUGGAAACGUGAAAAAAGUCCAAUAUUACAAGUAAACAUUUUGUAUUAAUGAAAGAACAUGCCACCUUACAAUUGCCUCAAGGAGACGAUGUAUAUACAUAUAUUCAUGACAUUUUUUGAAUGUUUUUUUUCGUUAAAAAUGUAUCAUAAUAGGAAUACUUUAUCCCUAUGACGUGGAAAAUGCCAAAUCACAAAAUGUUUUAUUUCCAUCCUGGAAACAAUUAUAACAUGAAACAGUUAUCAUAAAUCUCGCUUGAAAGUUUACACUGCCACCAAUAUAAGUUAAGACACAUUUAAAUCAGUCUGUAUUACAAUUGCAAUUUGCAACAAAGAUUCUGAUUAGCGCAUUUGAAAGACCCGCCCAUUUAUCAAAAGCAUGUUGACAAAAUGAUUUUGAGCACGUGAAAAUAAAAGUUGGAGAAAGAAAACCUUA